AUGCUUAAUUUCGAGGAUGUAGAGGAUCGCGACGGCGUCCGUCUGUCAUGGAACGUCUGGCCGUCGUCGAGGAUCGAGGCGACGCGUACAGUCGUGCCCAUUUCGGCCCUCUACACGCCUCUCAAAGUGCGCGAGGAUCUGCCUCCGGUCUUGUACGAACCCGUCACCUGCAAACCACCAUGUCGCGCCGUGCUCAACCCCUACUGCCAGAUUGAUAUUCGCGGAAAGCUUUGGAUCUGCCCUUUCUGUUUGCAGCGGAAUGCCUUCCCGCCUCACUACAAGGACAUCUCGAACACCAAUCUUCCCGCCGAGCUGCUGCCAAAAUACACGACGAUCGAGUACACGCUCUCCCGGCCAGCUCAAGUCCCGCCCAUAUUCCUCUUCGUCGUCGAUACAUGCUUCGAGGAACCGGAAGAGCUCAAGGCACUUCGCGAUGCGAUCAUCGUCAGCUUGAGCUUGCUCCCGCCAUACGCGCUCGUGGGUCUCAUUACGUAUGGCACUAUGGCGCAAGUGCACGAACUUGGCUAUGCAGAGUGCAACAAGUCAUACGUGUUCCGCGGGGGCAAGGAGUACAGCCCGAAGCAGAUUCAGGACAUGCUCGGCCUGAGCUCGCAGAAUAGGGCAGCUCCUCGCCCCGGACAGCCAAUGCAGACGUUCGGCGCGGCGCGGUUCCUCCUCCCCGUCUCGCAGUGCGAGUUCCAGCUCACUGGUAUCCUGGAGUCCUUGAACCAGGACCCAUGGCCGGUGGCGGCGGGCAAGAGACCGCUGCGCUGCACUGGUGUUGCUGUUUCGGUCGCGGUCGGCCUCUUGGAGACAACCUUCCCUAACACCGGCGCACGCAUGAUGGUGUUCUCGGGUGGAUCUGCGACGGAAGGCCCAGGUAUGGUCGUGAGCAACGAGCUGAAGGAGCCAAUUCGGUCGCACCACGACAUCGACCGAGACAGCGCCAAGCACUACAAGCGCGCCGUCAAGUUCUACGACGGUCUCGCCAAGCGCGCAUCAAACAACGGGCAUAUCAUCGACCUGUUUGCGGGCUGCCUUGACCAAGUCGGUCUCCUCGAGAUGAAGUCCCUACCAAACUCUACCAACGGUGUGAUCGUACUGUCCGAUUCGUUCGCCACCUCGAUCUUCAAGCAGAGUUUCCUGCGUAUUUUCAACAAGGAUGACCAAGGCCACCUCGAGAUGGGCUUUAAUGCUACAUUUGAUGUGCAAACGACGAAAGAGCUGAAGGUAUCCGGACUGAUCGGGCACGCGAUCUCAGCCGGGAAGAAGUCUGCGUGCGUCGGCGAGACGGAGAUCGGUAUUGGCCAGACCUCAGCAUGGAAAAUCAACUCCAUCACACCGCGCACGGCAACAGGAGUCUACUUCGAGGUUGUGACACCAGCCGGGCAGCCACUGCAGCCAGGCUCGCGUGGCCUCAUCCAGUUCGUAACGCACUACCAGCACUCGUCUGGCCAGCUGCGCCUCCGUGUGACGACGAUCGCGCGGAACUUCGCGGAGGCGGGCUCGCCAAGCAUCGCGGCGUCGUUCGACCAGGAGGCGGCCGCAGUGCUCAUGGCAAGGAUCGCCGUCUUCAAGGCGGAGAUCGACGACUCGCCCGACGUGCUGAGGUGGCUGGACCGCAUGCUCAUCCGGCUGUGCCAGAAGUUCGCGGACUACAGAAAGGAGGACCCGUCGACGUUCCGCUUGUCGGACAACUUCAGCAUCUAUCCGCAGUUCAUGUUCCACCUCCGGAGAAGCCAGUUCUUGCAGGUGUUCAACAACAGUCCGGACGAGACUGCCUUCUACAGGCACAUUCUCAACGAGGAGGAUGUCAACAGUUCUCUCAUCAUGAUCCAACCCACGCUCAUGUCAUACACAUUCGACACGCCUCCGCAGCCCGUGUUGCUCGACAGCGUGUCCAUCAAGCCCGACGUCAUCCUCCUCCUCGACACGUUCUUCCACAUCCUCAUCUUCCACGGAGAGACGAUCGCACAGUGGCGUAAGGCCGGCUACCAGGAACAAGAAGGCUACGAAAACUUCAAGGAUCUCCUCGCGGCUCCUGUCGUCGAUGCCCAGGAACUUCUCGCGGACCGGUUCCCCAUCCCACGCUACAUCGUUUGUGAUCAGGGUGGCAGUCAGGCGCGAUUCCUGCUUUCGAAGCUCAACCCGUCGACGACACACAUGUCGACGAGCAUGUACGGCACGGCUACGGGUGCGAGCGCUGGGCAGGCAAUCUUCACGGACGACGUCAGCUUGCAGGUUUUCAUGGAACAUCUCAAGCGUCUGGCUGUCGGAGCACAAACAAACUGA